AUGAAAAGUGUUUCGUUUCAGGUUGAUCCAUAUGUUCCUCGUGAUCCACGUCCUAUUCCACAACCACUGUCACCAGGCAGAAAAAUGGAAGCACUGGACUUCUAUGCUGAACGAGACAAAUGUCUCGAAAAUCAAACACUCUUCGAAGAUCCGGAAUUUUUGGCCGAUGACAGUAGUCUUUUCUUCAGUCGCAGACCGCCGAAAUACGUGGAAUGGUUGCGACCAGCUGUAGGUUUUUGUUGA